AUGCUCCUAAUAAAAAGAAUCUACACAGGAGCUUCUGUGUCGUUCACUUUUGGGGUGGGAUCGAGAAAGAAGAGAGAAAGGACGUCCGUGGAGAAGGAGGAGGCUCAAGGUCCUUCGGCUGCUGCGCGCCACGGCCAAAUUCUCCGCCCACAAUUUCUCUCCCCUCCUAUACAAUUCAUCCUACCGCCGGGUGCGGCUAAACCUCCGUGGUGGACGGCGGUCAAAACAGUCCGAGACGAGGCGAAGACGGAAAUGAAAUGA